AUUUUAUAAAUAUGCCGUGAAAUCUCGACAGAAAUCCUCCAAAAAUGUAGCCUGGAUUACAGGUCAUAUAAUUAUGUUGGAGUAAAUAAGUAGAGCCUUAAUGUUGGUAAACACUUACACUACGGCCAGGGAGAGCAGUUGCUUCAAUUACGCUGUCCUCGUUUGUUAUUUUCCUUUUGGGUUUAACUAAAAGCCUUUAUAAUAAUCGUUAUGAAAGAAAGAGAGCCUCUUUUUUUUUCUUACUUAAAUCUCAGUUUCAAUCUAAGACGAAAAGUAAUGGGUGAAGUUAGCGUGUUUUGAUCCACAACCUUGGCGGUGUUGAUUCGUCAGAUGACAUGCGGGGGUGUUUUAGUAAUCAUUCUUUACUACUGUAUUCCAAGAACUCGCAGAGAAAAAAGUAAGAAAGAAAGAAUUCCCUCCCAUUUUGGGGAAAUAAAGGAAAACACUUUGAUUCAGUCAGUGUCUCUAAUUCCAAAUUACUCAACAUUUCUUCUUCUUCUUCUUCUUCUUCUUUUAAAAAAUAAAUAAAUAAAUAAAUAAUAGAAUUUGCUUCCACAGCCUAUCCUACUUCUCCUUUCUCUUUGCUUCACUCUCUGGGUUUUUCUUUUUCCUUCCAUAUCUCACUCAAAAUUCUAUCUCAUCAGAUCUCUUGUCAUAAUCAGAUCAGGAGGGAAGGAUGCUGGAACCGUCCGAUGUGUAGACUUUUGACUUUGUUGUGAUCGGUAGGGACUUUAGAUGGGGCAAUGUUACGGCAAAGUUAGUCAAACGCAAGUAAAUGAAACGACGUCAAAUGCUACCACAACAGUCACAGAGGUGAUUCCAGCCGAUCCUGGGGGGCAAACGCCACUGCAAUCCAGUAACGGCGCUGUUAAUUAUUUUCAAUCAGUUAAGCAUACUCCAGCUAGGUCAUCCAGCCAGAGUCAAUGGCCCAGCCCUUACCCCCACGGGGUGACUGCCAGUCCGCUUCCACCGGGUGUAUCCCCUUCUCCGGCCAGGGCUUCAAGGGGUUCCACGCCUAGGAGAUUCUUCCGGCGCCCGUUCCCGCCGCCUUCGCCGGCCAAACACAUAAAAGCGUCGCUGUUGAAGCGUCUUGGCGGGAAGCCAAAGGAAGGACCGAUCCCUGAGGAUCCUGGAACUGAGCCGGAGCAAGCGUUGGAUAAGAGCUUUGGUUAUGGCAAGAAUUUUGGAGCUAAGUAUGAACUUGGAAAAGAAAUAGGACGAGGGCAUUUUGGUCACACUUGCUCUGCUAGAGGUAAAAAGGGUGACCUUAAGGAUCAACCCCUUGCUGUUAAGAUCAUCUCAAAAGCUAAGAUGACAACAGCAAUAUCAAUUGAAGACGUUCGAAGGGAGGUGAAAAUUUUAAAAGCACUAUCAGGACAUAAGCAUCUAGUCAAAUUUUAUGAUGCAUGUGAGGACGCCAAUAACGUGUACAUAGUUAUGGAAUUGUGUGAAGGUGGAGAGCUAUUAGACAGAAUUUUGGCAAGGGGAGGAAGGUACACUGAGGAAGACGCAAAAGCAAUACUUGUACAAAUUUUAAGUGUGGUGUCAUUUUGUCAUCUUCAGGGUGUUGUGCAUCGUGACUUAAAACCAGAGAACUUCCUUUUUACUUCCGGUGGUGAAAAUGCUGACAUGAAACUAAUUGAUUUUGGUCUUUCUGACUUUAUUAGACCAGAUGAAAGACUCAAUGAUAUUGUUGGAAGUGCGUAUUAUGUUGCUCCUGAAGUUUUGCACAGAUCUUAUAGUAUGGAAGCAGAUAUAUGGAGCAUCGGAGUAAUCACCUAUAUUUUGUUAUGUGGAAGCAGACCAUUUUGGGCACGUACAGAAUCUGGAAUUUUUCGUUCUGUGCUAAGAUCAGAUCCCAACUUUGAUGAUAUGCCCUGGCCAUCUGUCUCUCCAGAGGCCAAAGAUUUUGUUAAGAGACUCCUAAACAAGGAUUACCGAAAAAGAAUGACUUCUGUUCAAGCUCUAGCGCACCCUUGGUUGCGGGAUGACAGUCGUCCAAUCCCUCUUGAUAUAUUGAUAUAUAGGUUACUCAAGUCAUACCUUCAUGCUUCACCAUUCAAACGUGCUGCCCUAAAGGCUCUUUCAAAAGCAUUGACUGAAGAUGAGCUGGUUUAUCUCAGGGCACAAUUCAGGCUGUUGGAACCAAACAGAGAUGGGAGUGUGUCUCUAGAAAAUUUUAAAAUGGCACUUGCUCAAAAUGCCACUGAAGCGAUGGGUGAAUCAAGGAUGGGAUUGCUUGCAUACAGGAAGAUGUACUUUGAAGAGUUUUGUGCCGCUGCAAUUAGCACACAUCAAUUGGAAGCAGUUGAAGGCUGGGAGCAGAUAGCCUCCGCUGCUUUUGAGCAUUUCGAACAGGAGGGCAAUCGAGUAAUUUCAAUUGAGGAAUUGGCACGGGAGCUGAGUGUAGGCCCUUCAGCUUACUCAUUCCUCAAAGACUGGAUCAGAAUCUCUGAUGGAAAGCUUAAUUUACUUGGAUAUAAAAAAAUUUUACAUGGCGUGACGUUUCGUAGCUCGAAUACAAGACAUCAUUAGUUUUUUUAGCCAUUUAGCCAAUGAUUAUUAUACAGUGUCUUACCAUUGAUGACGUUUUGAUUUGACUUUUUUUCAAACAAUUUUUAGCCGUUCAUAUUAUAUAGUCCUUUAAAAUUUAUAACAUUUUGAAUGACUUGUGGGGUUUUCUUUGUUUUUUGGUUUUUUUUUUAAAUCUUUCAUCUAGGGUGGGUUACAGGAAAAAAAAAAAGUGCAGAAGUGAAUGUGUUUAAGUGAGUUUGUUGAGAAUGAGAGGACACAAUUUAGAGUGAUGCCAUUGUUGCUUAUCGUUCAUGUAUUUGUAUUGUUCGUGGGUUUGAGUUUGAAAAAGUAGGCAAAUAAAAUCAUUGUCAUUUUUAAAAA